AUGGCGAACGAGAACGACGAUGUCAAGCCGAAGCUGGACUUGGUCCUCAACUACGAAGGGACUCACAUUACGGUCAAAGUGAAACAGAACAUGCCAUUCCAGAAAAUAUUCGACGCUGCAGAGAAACGCUUUGGGAAGGAUCCAGGGACCUUUAAGUUUGUCUUCGAGGGGAAGAGAUUGAACCCCACAGAAACCCCUGCUUCGGUAGGGAUGGAGAAUGGUGACAUGAUAGAUGCAAUGCUGGAACAGGCAAGUUGUGCCGUCAACUUCGCGUAUCACGGGAAGUGGCUAAUGCAGAUUCCCAUCUGUUAG